CCACUUGUGUCUGCACCGCCCCCUGCCUGCCUCUUCCCACUGCCUCUCACUGCCUCCUUACCAUGGCGGAAGUCGGUAGACGUCAGCAUGCUCGGGUUAAAGGAGAAGCCUCCCCGAGGCCCCCAGCAUACAGGGAUGAGGGUUUGGGGAUGGCGGCCGAAACGAUGACGGUGCUGAUCAAGCUGCUGGCAGCCGCCUUCUACGGCGUGAGCUCGUUUUUCAUCGUGGUGGUGAACAAGAGCGUGCUGACCAAUCGCAGGUUUCCCUCCUCACUAUGUGUGGGACUUGGCCAGAUGUUUGCCACUGUGGUUGUAUUAUGGGUGGGAAAGGCACUGAGGGUUGUCCAUUUUCCUGAUUUUGACAGGCACAUACCUCGAAAGACUUUUCCUCUACCUCUUCUGUAUUUUGGGAAUCAAGUAACGGGAUUAUUCAGCACAAAGAAGCUCAAUCUUCCAAUGUUCACAGUCCUUAGACGGUUCUCGAUCUUGUUUACAAUGAUUGCUGAGGGUUUCUUGCUAAAGAAAAAAUUUUCCCGCAGCAUUCAGAUGACCGUAUUUUCUAUGAUAAUUGGAGCAUUUAUUGCUGCCAGUGCUGAUCUAGCUUUCGACCUUGAAGGUUACAUAUUUAUCCUAAUGAAUGACGUUCUAACAGCUGCAAAUGGGGCCUAUGUAAAACAGAAACUCGAUUCAAAGGAACUUGGGAAAUAUGGUCUUCUUUAUUACAAUGCAUUAUUCAUGAUUUUGCCUACACUGGGAAUUGCAUACGUCACUGGAGAUAUUGACAAGGUUAUGGAAUAUGAAGGAUGGGGGGACUUCUUCUUCAUUGUGGAGUUCACUCUGUCAUGUGUCAUGGGUUUUAUUCUAAUGUAUUCCACGGUCCUUUGCACUCAUUAUAAUUCAGCCCUGACAACGACGAUAGUUGGUUGCAUUAAAAACAUUUUAAUAACAUACAUUGGAAUGUUUUUUGGAGGAGAUUAUAUUUUUUCAUGGACAAACUUCCUGGGAUUAAAUAUCAGUAUUGCUGGAAGCCUGGUAUAUUCCUACAUAACCUUCACAGAAGAGAACAUGAACAAGCAGGCAGAAUCGUUAGCCAAACUGGACAUUAAAGGGAAAAGUGCGGUGUGAGCCGGAGUCCCAGCCCUGCCCUGUGCAAUCUCACCUGGGUACAUGAACUGCAUGUACAACUUCACAAGGCUAUUGCUAAUUUGCACAUUUGAUGGACAGAAAUAAUUGAAAGAUAAUUGCCUUUUUUAUAUAUACAUAUCUAUAUAUUUUAGACAUUUUGAUUUUAGAGAUACACAUAUUUAAAUUCUUGAUCAGCAACAAAAUAAGUAUUUUUUUAAUGCUUGAUUUAACCCAGUUGUUACUGGCAACACAUUUCACUCUGGCUUCAAGUGCACAAACAGCUGUGUAAAUAAGGCUAGCUUUAUUUCAUUGUCUGCUAAAUGAUACAUGUGUGAGACAUAGUGUAUCUGUAUAGGUAUAGUAAUAGGCAUUGCCAACCUAUUGCCACAACUCCCAGUGCAGAUAAUGGGAGCUGUAUUGGACAUCUCUGCCCUUGCAAUGUGUACUUUUUUAACUGUAUUUUUUAAAACUUUUUUUUUUUUUUUUAGACAAUUUCCCUUUUUGUAUGCAGUAACGUAUUUUCUUAUUCUAUGAUUCCUCAUAAAUGAUGAGCCUCUCUGUUAAAGUGACAUAAGUGAGCCAUCUUAAGUUUGUGGCCAUCUUUCAGCAGAGUAUAUUAUUCUGUGUUACGUGAACUGUAGCUUUUGCAUUGGCAGUAUGAAUUUUUCCUUAUUUCUAUAACAUACUCUAGAUUUGAAUACGGUUCUUUUUAUUGUGCAGGCCAGUGAAAUAUGGGGUGCAGCUUUGAUUUGGCUGUGUUUGCUGAGGCCUUUAUCUCUGCAGAUGCAGGGUCUUUAAUUUGAUUCACAGUGUGCACACUAUCUAGGUCAGUGCUCCAGAUGAAAGUGGUUCACAGCAAUCGCCUGCACCACCAGUCAAGUGUUUAUGUGUUUGCUACACAACACUAGCCAUGGACCAGCUCUGUACAUCAUGUCAGGGAGUUCCCUGACCAACAAGCGAGUGUCGAUCAAAAAUUGUGCUCAAUGGCAGGUGUCUCAGCUAGCUCCCACCUGUGUCUGCCUUUAUAACAGUUUCAGGUGGUACUGGUCUGGCCCUAAACAUACAGUUGCGCUACAACUUGUUUGUAUUGUUUUCUAGCCUGUACAUGUAUCAUAUAAACUCUGAAAGUAUACAUAACCUUCCUGUCAUCAACACUUCUGUCACAGGUGGAGGUUUGUUGCUCUAAGAAAUGUCUGUAUAAAAACUACUGAAAGAGUAGUGUGAGGCCCAUAGGCAUUGCUUAGAAGAGCUGUGUUUUAGCUGUGCCAAUCUGCCUUUUUGGACAUUCAUAUGGAAUCCGUUUAGUAAAAUGAAUUGUAUUACUCACUAAUCAUGUUACACAGCAGGAAAGAGAGGAGAAAAAUGUAUACAUUAUACACUCAAAAAGGAGUAUUUAAAGAUUUAGGUAUUUUAAAAACAAAAUCAGUAUGUUUUAUCAUGUUAACGGUGUUUUGCCAUAAUUGUAUCAAAUGUUUUAAUGACCGAAUUGGCAUAAUGUGAAUAAACGCAGGAUGAGUAUCAGCCCCUACACCUUGACAGUUGUGGGUGCACCUGGAGCAUUGCUUCGGCCCGGGUGCAGCCACUGUAAGCGGAGUUUAGCGUGCAACUGCUUGUGUAUGCAGUUUGGUGCUGAAUUCAGUUUAGUGUGGCUGCAGGUUGAGAAUAUGCCCAGUGCGGCACUAGCAAUAAGAUACAUUAUUGCUAAUGCUCACCCCUCUUUUUCAGAAGAAAUACAUAAUGGCGAUUUCUCUGUCAUUUUUAUUUAAAGUUUCCAAAUGCAGCUCAUUCACACAGCGAUAGGGAAGCUGAUGUGUACUGUCUUCACAGCAGUCUGGAUGGGGCCAAAUGUAUAUUUUUAGUGUGUUACUGCAUUAAAAAUAUUGAGCUCAAAAUGUGACACACUAGUUGUAUGCCAGCUCUCAAAAUCCCAUAGUGCAAGUCCAGACUGGGGUCAUAGAUGACUUUUCUGUAACCUGCACUGAUGAAUAUCAUUUUUAUUUUUGGUACUGUUCUAGAGGCACUGUAUCUUUUUAACUGCUUUUUCUUACUGACUGGAAUGUACAGUGUAGUUGCAGCUUGGUCAAUUUUUUACUGCACUUGUCCACAGUCUUGUGGGGAAAAGUAUAUUUCCAAAACAAUAAACAUGAUGUGUGUGCUGACAAUGCAGUCAGCAGGGGAUUAGCAUUCACACAUUGCGUACAGAAGCAAGGUUCAUAUUUAAACUUUGCCUGAUUAUUUGGGGUGCAAGUGUGCUGCAUCUAUUGAUUCUGGGCACAAAGGGAGCUACUAGCUGGUAAGGUGGUGACAGUAGUUUAGGGUUUCCCUGCAUUAGUAGUCAGUGCAGUGACAGUAUACAAUUGACUGUGGGGAUAUUGUGGAGACCAACCAUAAAUAGUACAACUUUGUAGCCAUCUUACCAGCUCCUGAACAUACUAAUAUAAACUAGGGAUGCACCAAAUCCAGGAUUCUGUUCAGGAUUUGGCAUUUUCCAGCAGGAUUUUUAGUCCGUCGCAUCCAAGUGUCCUGGCUGAACCGAAUCCCAAAAAAUCACGUGACUUUUCAUAACAUGAGCACAUAAGUUGAACAUUUUUUAGCAAAUGGUUCUUUAACACUUUCGUAGCCUAAUUCUGAUAUGCAAAUUAGGAUUUGCCUGAAUCUUUCGUGCAGGAUCUGGUGCAUCAAAAUCCAAAAUGACUACCAGAACACUAUAUAAGGUACACUACUAUGCACAUUUUGCCACCAGGGUACUGUACCCACAAGCUGUUUAAUCAUGUUUUAUUUUCACUGGACCCAAGUCAAUUUGUGAAUACAGUAACCUGGAGGUAGAAUGGACAUAGUUGUGUACUUAGUAUGUCCCUGAGCUGUUCAUUGGCUCUGUAUAAAGCACAAAAUCCUGACUUGGAUAUAAUCUGGACCCAGGUCAUUUUUUUUAAUACAGUACCCUGGUGGGGCACAUUAUACUGUAUUAUAGUAUUUCUGUGUGAUUACUUUUCUCAUGUUACAUGUGCCAUUGUCUACUGGAGGAACCCAUGGCAGGCUCCCUUCAGCGUGGGACUCAUCAGUUGUCUGGGUUGGUGCCGCACUUUCAUAGAGACUGUAUUUCACUAUCCAAUGCCACCUGGUCUGAGCACUCCUACAGUUUUUCUGGCCUCACGUUGCAAUCCAUUUGUUUUCUUAAAGUUUAAAGGGGUGUUAUUUAAUCUGGCCAUAUGGGAUUGGCAUUUUUAUUGGAACUCUGCCUUAUGCAAUUGUAUUUUAGUAUUUCUGAAAGUGUAAAGAACACCAGAGGCUAUGUAAUAAUCUGUAUUUAUUAAAGGCAUUUAGAAACUAUUUCCAGUAUUUAUUUGUAUACCAUGCUGUCUGUGCAAAUGUUAAUCCUAUCCUUUUUCUGUACGACUAGGAACUUUUUAAAAAGAUGUAGUACUGGUUUUAUUUAAGUAAAUGUACCAACUGUUUUUGUACAUGCUUUAAAUAAAAGCAUCUGAAAAGA